AUGUCCGUCCAGGAGGCCCAGCAUGUGGCCAUCCUUGACGACAUGGCUCUAGACCUCGUAUACGAAGUCUUCACCGAAAGCUCGGCUCCCUAUGGUUUCAAGCGUAUUAUCAAAUUGGAUAAGGGCGGUGCACCGUCUCUCGACCGUCUACGUCUCGCAGCUGAGGAUGUCAGGGAGAACGUUGACCUCUUUCGCAAGGAGCUGAGACGAAUCUUCAAUGACUACCUAGACGACAAGAUCAGGGUCAACCCAGAGAUUAGACAGUGGCUCCUAGAGGCAUGGAUCUCGACUGCUUACGGACCGUAUACGAAGAUUCGACCAAAUGAGAAGGGCUCUGUCGACUUAGUUACAGCGACAACCCUUGCCCGCGGAAAGCUAGAGCGUAUCGUUGGUGUCGAAGAUGUUUGUUUGAACCUAAAGGGUGACGGCAACGUCGAACGACUGGGUUUCGACGAGGACUUUCUCGACUACAGUCAUCGAGACAUCCCGAAAGCAACAGUAGGGCCCAUCCGUUUAGUCAAGGCGUGCGCCAACACCAAGUGGCUUGCGCGUCCUUCGAACCCCGGAGUGUUCUUCCCCGACGGUGCGGAUGUGCAAUGGCUUGUGCUCAAGCGGACAAUUCCUGAAGGCGAGAUGUUAUGGUGGGCUUGGGGUGACGGUGAAUACGAGAAAGAAUGGUUAGUCAUCCGCCUCCCAGCCAACACUGACGUGCACAGCCCUUGCCCGCCGGCUGAAAAGCGAAAGUCUAGAGGAGGAUCUAUCGCCUCCUUCGUGGUGCCUGACUGGGAGCCUCCAAUCCCCAGUCCUACUCAAGCCGAACCUGAAGAGAAGAAGCCCAAGAAACGCGUUCGGACAUAUAGCGGCAGCAAGCGCACAAUCAAGAAGCCGCGCCGACCAAGCAGUGACCACCAGGCGUCUUCGCCCAGUGCGCCUAGAUCAUCGUCGACCGGGUCGCUGUCACCCCCACCACCAGUGCGCCGUCGCCUGCCCUCUGAAACACCCGAGCCGUCGCCGAUCCCGGAGCAGUCGUCUGAGUCACCUUGGGUGGAGACUCCUGCUGCGGACGAAGAAGGCACAGACCUCGUCAUGGAGCAAACCCAGGUCGAUGUCAAUGGCAUGGGGAACCGGCAAGACGAAUCUUACGACACUACCAUGCAGCCCGUCGCAGAUGAUGACAAGGCGGAGGAAAGGAUGGAUCAGCCGAGCUCUGUCUCUGAACGUAGCCGACAGAGCUCCGUCAGUGAUUUGACAACCGUCCUCCAAACAGCUUCCUCGCCCAUGUCUGCGGCCAAGGUCUCGCCCAAGGCUGUUCACAACGACGGCCGCCAGCCUAAGCCUACACUCGUCCGCAUGACCACCGAGCCGACCUUUGCCGCCGAGCCGUCCUCUGCUGGAGCAGUCUCAUCAGAGCUCACUCCUGUCGCUCAGCUGGCUCCUGCGGUGCAACUUGCUCCUCCUCUGGCGGACGCUCCACUGGCCCCUGCAUCCGAUGGCCACGUCGAACAUCCGGUAAAUAUGCAGAGCGUGGUUCAAAACCUGAUCCAGAAUGUUGUGCCAGGCACCGUGCCUGCACAGCUUCUGUCAGCGGGCCAUACAUCGGAAGAGACGACCAUCCUCAAUUUGAGGUUGGUUGUCUCCUCUGAGACUCUCCGGAAUGCGGCACCCGCCACCGACCCGGCUCUUGAGGAGCGGGUGGCGGCUCUGGAGGCUGAUUUGGACGAACAAAAGUCGAGGAACGACGCACUUCAACAAGAGAACGCCUCGUUGAAAGAGUCUGUGCAGCAGCACAACGCGGUUGUGUCCCAACACCAGGCGGACAUGUCGGAUGUGCAAUCCGAGAACGCGUCUCUUCAAGUUCAAAAGGAUGCCCUGGAGCAUGACAAGGCAAAAUUGCUGAAGGAGAUCGACGGGUUCAAAAAGCAGAUCGCCAAGUCGAACCAGGACACCAAGAAGCUCGAAAAGGAUGCAAAGCAAGCGCAAGGCAAUUACAAGGAGGCCCAGCAGGAUAUCAAAACUAUUCGUCGUGAGAAAGACGAGGUCGAAAAGCGCUGCCAGAUUCUCGCAGAGGAAAUCGAGAAACUGUGCCGCGACAAGGAGAAGUUAUCCGAAGAUCUUCGUGGAUUCGUGAUGCGCCGUAAGAUGGCUGCAGCGGGGCCGGAAGAGCGAGUGCCUCGUGAAUAUCCUCCCCCACCACCGCCGGGUGAAUACCCGCCUCAUCCGCACCAGCAUCCUCACCCACCUCCGCCGAUGGAAUAUCCCUACCCUCCCCCGGGAUAUCCGUCCCCUCCUCCGCACGCCGGGUCGCCAUGGUCGCCUCCUGCACCUCCCCAAUGGGGUCCAUCAUCAGCAGGGCCAUCUCCUGCGCCACACCUGCCUCCGCACUACCCGCCGAGGCCAGCUACCGCAAGCGGUGCCUUCCCCCACGGCCCGUACCCUGAUCGUCCACCCUCCGGACACGGACAUGGGCCGCCUCCCAUGCACAGUCCAGACGUGCGCAUGCGACACGAUCGUGAGCGUGAUCGUCUGCCGCCCCCGCCUCACCCUCUCGACGUGAAGCCUAGCCUGCCGUCAUUGCCGGCCGUGCUUUCGGGUCGACCGGGUGGUCCGCCGCCACCCCCACCGCCUCACGUCGCCCGCAGCGUCUCGGGAAUGGCAAGCCCCAAUGGUAAAUUUUGGAACUAA